GGUCAACAGCCCCAUCUUUCAUCUUUUAACUAGGGCUUUUUGCUGCCGCAGCACCACCGAUCUCGUUCGAUCGCAGGGAGUGAUGGCGGAAUUGGAUGCUGCUGAGUCAAAAAUACGAAAAACGGAGCAGGUUGAAAUGGCGAAGGAAGCGUGCCUUUGCCUUAUGACGUAUGGAAAGUUGAUCGUGAUCAAACUGAGCAAUUUAAAGGAAGAAGUUGAUGUCAAAGAUUGGACUUGUUUGCCUCCACCACCGUUCGAGAUGUUUUUGGAUCUUCCAGGUCAUGAUAUGUGUCCCUUCGAGUUCGACUCCAAGAUCUAUAUGGCGCCGUCCGACAAGUUGAGCCUGCCGCGUGAAAUUGGCAGAGCCAAAGCCGUUUCCAUGGGGAAUCUGGUCGCCUGGCCAAUCUACGAAAUCAAAUUUGAGGAGUGCAGAAUUGCCCCUACGCUGGAUGGUGCACCCUUUCCUUUUUACAAAUCAUACAUCGCAAACACGCCAGGCUCAGGCGAUGUUUACUUCUAUAUAAAUGUGAGGCAACGGGUCAAAGAUGAAUCUAGAUUUUACGUUCUUUGUUCUGAUUCUAGAGUUUGGAAACCCUUGAUGGCUCCUGGGGCCGCCAUCAUUAGCGAGCCACAUGUCGAGAAUACCAUGUUCGUCCUCGACAACAACCUCUUUUUUUCAUCGUCCAGGGAGUUGGAGAGAGACUCCUAUUUGGCCCGCUUCGACCCCAUCAAAGAGACUUGGAUGGAUAUGUCUGCCGCUGAUAACAAUCUUUCGAACUUCAUAACGGGUAGACUCAUUAGCGGCGGUAGACUCUUUAGCCGCAGUGACCAAUGUCGUAAUACUUAUUUCCCACACAUUUCUGUGUCCCUUCCCGGUCUUGGAAGCAGCAACUACACCGUUUGCCUUACACAUGAGUAUGUGGAGGAACCUCCUCAUACACCUUUGGACAAGGUCCUUGCCAUUCUCGUUAACCACCUGAAUGGCCUAGUCGCAUUAUAUCAAUACCUUGAUGUGGCUUUUGAGGGUAUUCUACCACCGAUGGAAGGACCCGGCAGAUUCAAUUUUGUUGACCUUGGCAACGGGAAGCUGUGUGCAAUAUGCUCUAGCCAGUUAUUGGGUUCCGUUCCCCGUUCAUCCGCGCACUGCUUCUCCAUUUUCACACUGUCCGUGUUGAAGGACUUUGCAGCAUUGCAACUUGACAGUGGGGCUCCUCCCAUGGAGCGAGAUUUCUUACAAGUUACUGUCCAUAGGAAGAGUGUCUUCACCAUGGAGAACGGUGGGAUUACUGGGAUUACUAAUUGUAUGCGCCAUGCGUUUGUUUGGCCACCUACUAAGGGAGGAAGAUUUCAGCACAGGACAACUCUAUUUUAGUAACAUUUCUUGUUAUUUCUUGUGGCUUAUUAUCCUCCCUAGUCGUUUUCAAUAGGAUUAUGAAUGAACAAUGAAUUAAAUAUUAAUGUCUUUCAGGAAUAUGAUCUUGCUUUGAGUUGUGUCUA